AUGGGUUGUACAUUCUCUGGUUUGAACGCUCUCUACGAUGCCGUUAACGGGGGAGGUGACGUGUGGAUCAAUGAGACUCGGUUCAAAAUCGUGAGGCAGCUCGGGGAAGGUGGGUUCGCCUAUGUGUUUUUGGUCAAGGAGGUGGUCUCUGACUCCUCUGCCUCUGGUGGUGGUGGUCUCGCUAAGAAAUUCAAGGACCCCUCUCAUGUAUCAGAUGAUGGAACUUAUGCUAUGAAAAAAGUUCUCAUUCAGAAUAGUGAGCAGUUGGAGUUGGUGAAGGAGGAGAUCCGAGUUUCAUCACUGUUCAGUCAUCCUAAUCUGCUUCCACUUCUUGAUCAUGCCAUUAUUUCCGUUAAGCCUACACAAGAAGCGUCUUGGAACCAUGAAGCAUACUUGUUAUUUCCAGUUCAUCUGGAUGGAACAUUACUGGACAAUGCCAAGACUAUGAAGACUAAAAAGGAGUUCUUUUCCACCUCAGAUGUUCUUCAAAUAUUCCGGCAGAUUUGUGCAGGACUCAAGCAUAUGCACAGUUUUGAUCCCCCAUAUGCGCAUAAUGAUAUCAAACCUGGAAAUGUUCUGAUAACUCAUAGAAAGGGACAACCACCUCUUGCUAUAUUGAUGGAUUUUGGCAGUGCUCGACCAGCAAGGAGGCAAAUUCGCUCUCGUUCAGAGGCACUUCAGUUGCAGGAAUGGGCGUCUGAGCACUGUUCAGCACCAUUUCGAGCUCCAGAGUUGUGGGAUUGCCCAAGCCAUGCAGAUAUUGACGAAAGAACUGAUAUAUGGUCCUUAGGAUGCACUUUGUAUGCAAUACUGUAUGGAGUAUCUCCAUUUGAAUAUGCACUUGGAGAAUCUGGAGGAAGCCUACAAUUGGCAAUAGUCAAUGUGCAGAUAAAGUGGCCAGCUGGUCCUAAGCCUCCAUAUCCAGAUGCUCUUCACCAGUUUAUUACAUGGAUGCUUCAGCCGCAGGCUGCAGUCCGUCCUCGCAUUGAUGAUAUCAUAAUACAUGUGGACAAGUUGAUCUCCAAGUUCUCUCAGUGA